AUGCUUCAAGUAACUUGUCAAGGUACACCCUCGGAAAUCGGCUACCAACAUGGCCAUGCUGCCAAGGCUGUCAUCUCCAAUGCCAUCAACUUCGCGAAUUCUCUCAUCCGCGGGAAAACAAAGAAGACGGCCGAGGAGCUGGGAGCGCUCCUGGCGCAGCUACAGCAAGUAAUUGCCCAGCGAUGGCCGAGAUACUACGAGGAGAUUUGCGGCGUCGCAAAGGGCGCUGAACGCGAUGUUUCGGAGAUCAUCAUGCUCAAUACCCGCACGGAAUUUGCAUAUGGCCUCGUCGAAGCCCGAGACGGGUGCACGACUGUGUAUUGCAAACUUCCCAACGGAGCCCUGCAGGGCCAGAACUGGGAUUUCUUUACGGCUACAAAGCAAAAUCUGAUCCAGUUGACCAUACGUCAGCCUGGCCUUCCCACCAUCAAAAUGAUCACCGAGGCUGGUAUUAUUGGCAAGGUCGGCUUCAACAGUGCUGGCGUCGCCGUCAACUACAACGCCCUGCAUCUGCAGGGUCUCCGGCCAACCGGACUCCCGUCGCAUCUCGCCCUGCGCAUGGCACUUGAAAGCACUUCCCCUUCCGAGGCGUACGACCGGAUUGUUGAGCAGGGCGGCAUGGCUGCUAGUGCGUUCAUCAUGGUGGGCAGCGCCCACGAGGCAUACGGGCUGGAGUUCUCGCCUACCAGCCUCCGAAAGCAAGUUGCAGACUCCAAUGGGAGAUUGGUGCACACUAACCACUGCUUGACCAACCACGGUGGAGGUGCGAGAGAGCUCGAUCCUCUUCCAGAUUCGUGGAGUCGCCAUGGCCGUAUGGAACAGCUCCUCGCAGGAUUCGACGGCACCAGAGAGGCAUUCGCUCGGGUCUGGGAGGACGAGGACAACUACCCUUUUUCUAUCUGCCGGGCAUACCAGGAAGGGAAGAGCAGAGGCUCGACCCUGUUCAACAUCGUCUAUGACCAUGUUCGUGGCGACGCGACCGUCAGAAUCGGCCGGCCCAACAGCCCUGAUGAGACGUUUGCCCUGCGGUUCACCGAGGAGGACACCAGGUCUGCACACGAAGCCAAACUUUAG